AUGAGACUCUAUCUUGAUUUUAAGACUAAUGUUUUCACCAAAGAAAAAAUUACUCUCACUGGACAAGACGAGUUUAUUGUGAGAGAAGGUAUAGAUUUGUUCAGGCCGCUUCUUGAAGAAAUCAAGAGUAUUAAGAAGAUUGGAUUCAUUGUUUGGGGUUCUUGGGCUUUUGCUCAAGCUCAAAAAUUGAGCGAUUUUUCGGCAAAGGCAAUGUCCAACAUUAAACAGAAGAUUGACUUAAGGAAAGGCUACAAGUUUUUUGUUGAGGAAUGUGUAGAAAUAUUUUCACAAGAGAGGGGAAUACUUGGUGAGAUUAUUGACUCUAUGUUUGGCAGUGAUCUUGUAUUGUUGUUGAUAUUUGAUGCUACAUAGGUAGACAAUUAUCAACAAAUAUUUUCCACCAUGAAAUUGAAGAGCAUUCUUGGUCUUUGACAUGGUUUUUUACUUGGAUAGCUAUUGUCCAAUAGAGUUGAUUCCCCGAAGGACAUAAUUAUAAUAGAUGUUUUUCCCAAGGGUAUAGGUCCAUUUGUGAGGUAGUUGUAUAUGAGUGAGAAAAAGAUCAAUUGUGUAGGAGUAAACUCUAGUUUCUCUAUCCAUCAAGAUGUUGAUGGGACAUAAACUGAUGUUUCUUUAGGUUGGUCUAUUUCUUUAGGCUCACCAUUUAUAUUUGUAACUACCUUGGAGAAUGAGUACAAGAGCAAUAUGUUUGGAAAGCAUGGAAUUUUAUUAGGAGUUGUGCAUAGUAUAGUUAAAUUAUUGUUUAGUAGAUAUAGUGAUCAUGGAUUUAUGAAAGAGGAGUAUAGUUUGAAUCUAUAG